GGCGUAAUCAAUAGCCCUCAUUUCCAACAACCGACCUAUCAUGGCACAGAACGGGAUUAUAGAGAAUGGACGACCAGAUGGGGGUAUUCCUACAGUUCCGCAACCGAUUAAAAUAUCAGAAGUGAGACAUACUAAGAUUUUUAUCAACAAUGAAUGGCAUCCAUCUGUGAGUGGACAUAAAUUCGCGACAUACAAUCCCGCAACAGGUGCAAAAAUCUGCGAUGUGGAGGAAUCUGAUAAAGCGGAUGUUGACAAGGCAGUGGAGGCAGCGAAAACAGCCGGCCUGAGAGACUCUCCGUGGAGGAAGAUGGAUGUGUCAAGUCGAGGGCGAAUGUUGAACAAGCUUGCCGACCUGGUGGAGAGAGACCGGACUCUGCUGGCAACUAUGGAGUCAAUGGACACUGGGAAACCAUUCCUGCAUUCUUUCUUCAUUGAUCUCGAUGGAAGUAUCAAAACUCUCAGAUACUACGCCGGCUGGGCAGACAAGAUACAUGGCAAAACGAUGCCUGUUGAUGAAAGUUUCAUGUGCUUUACCAAACAUGAACCUGUUGGUGUGUGUGGAGCAAUAAUUCCGUGGAACUUCCCUUUGUUGAUGUUUAUGUGGAAGAUUGCCCCAGCCUUGUGUUGUGGCAACACGGUGGUUAUCAAGCCAGCAGAGCAGACGCCGCUCACAGCUCUCCACAUGGGGGCGCUAUUGAAGGAGGCUGGCUUCCCCCCUGGUGUGGUGAACAUCUUGCCUGGGUUCGGGCCCACGGCUGGUGCAGCCAUAUCCAGUCAUAUGGCCAUUGACAAGGUCGCAUUCACCGGGUCUACAGAUGUUGGAAAACUAAUCAAAGAGGCAGCUGCCAGAAGUAAUCUGAAAAGAGUGACUUUGGAGCUUGGAGGGAAGAACCCAUGCAUUGUAUUUGCUGAUGCAGAUUUGCAGCUGGCUGUGGAAGAAGUCCAGCAGGGGGCGUUCUUCAACCAAGGCCAGUGCUGCACGGCUGCCUCUCGCGUGUUCGUGGAGGAGACUGUGUAUGAGGAGUUUGUGCAGCGCAGUGUCGAGAAUGCCAGGAAAGUGGUCACAGGGGACCCUCUGGAUCCACGGACCUCGCACGGGCCACAGAUCGACCAGAAGCAGUUUGAUAAGAUCAUGGAGCUGAUAAAGAGUGGAAAGCGGGAGGGAGCCAAGCUGGAGUGUGGAGGGUUCGCUGUGGAAGACGGGGGCCUCUACAUUCAGCCGACUGUGUUCUCAGGGGUCAAAGACCACAUGCGCAUUGCCAAGGAGGAGAUCUUUGGCCCAGUACAGUGUAUAAUGAAGUUCAAAAGCCAAGAUGAAGUGAUCAAGAGAGCAAACAGCACGCAGUAUGGCCUGGCUGCAGCCGUGUUCACGCGCAGCAUGGACCGCGCACUGAGCAUGUCUGAUGCCCUACAAUCCGGCACUGUGUGGGUCAACUGCUACAACGCUCUUCAUGCUCAGACACCGUUUGGGGGCUACAAAAUGUCAGGGAAUGGAAGAGAGCUAGGCAAAUAUGCCCUGGCGGAGUACACUGAAGUCAAGGCAGUGACCAUAAAACUGACAGAGAAACUGUGAAUGGGGCAGUGGGACACGCUUCGCCAUGGGACCAGGAGGAGAGCCUGCUACCACCCCAUCGGCACUUUUCACCUGCGGAACUCCAGAGAGAUGUGCUGCAUGCAUAUGGGUUUCCAGAGUGAUGGUCUCAUAUCGAGCUACAUUCAUUUCAUUUAUUUAUAUAAGCAUUAUGCACAUAGAGCAAAUUCUUAUUUAAUGGGAAUGGUGUCAUCUCUGAGGUAAAAAUGUCUUUGUAAUUUUUCAAAGACUGAAAGAUACUGUGUGCCACAUUUCCAGAGAGGUAAUAUUUACCUAUAAUCAACAAGCGCCACUGUUCUGGAGCUCUUAAGAGACUUCCUGCUCUGUUAUUCUUACACAAGAGACAACUUUACAUCACUUUGUGAUGCAUUUCCUUCCUUUAUUACAAUGUACUGCACGUAAGGUAUAGCUUUACCUCGUGUCUAUGAAAUGUACACAUUACAAAACUACAGACCACACGUUCCAUUGUAGCAUCUCAUUUGUAGUUAAAUUUGGAGAUAACUCUACAAAUCAUCGCAAACUGUUAGAAGUCGGAGAUAUAUUCGUGAGGAUCUUGCCGAAUGUUACGGAUUGAUAACGCAGAUUGAAAUCUGCCUUGCUUACCAUUUAAGUCCAAGUCUUCUUGGAGGAUUAUGGAGAGCAAGCAAUGUUCAGAAUUUUCAAAAGCUUUAUCUUAACCCGUACAGAAUAAGCAUCAAAUUAGUAAAUGGACUUUGUUUAUUAAAUAUAUUUUUAAUAACUAGAGAUUUGCCAUGAUUACAUGCUAUGGAAGUGUUUCAUAUUUGAAAUAUGUAUAAUAACCAUUAAAUGUGUAGGUUUUUAAUGUGUACUCUUCCAAGUCAAUAGAUUCAGAAUGUAUUGUUAUAAAGAUAAAGAUGAUAAUAGUAUAUCUCUGGGGUUAUUUAAAGAAUGUUUUCAAGUUUCUUUGUGACAAUAAAAAAGUGCUCUUCUGUGACUAGGCUAUGCUAGGGUCAAGAAAAUACCCUCUGCUAAUUCAGGAAAUUCUAGAAUGCACAUAAUGUGACUACAAGCAUUGUUCUCAUUCAGGAAUAACCAAUACAAAUAUAUUGAUUGUAUAUACAAAUAUAUACAUUUUUAGUGAACUAUAAGUGCAAUAAAUAAGAUUGGCAUUUCAACAUGGUAUAAAAUGAAUAAACUGGAGAAUAAACAUAAAUCCUUUACAAUUAUAAAAAGUUCUUAAGGAGGGCCACGAUUACUUGACAUUUAAGCUUGGCACAAACAUUAACUAA